AUGGAAAACUAAAAAAGUAUUUCUUCAGGAGGAUCUGCGGAUAAAGUUCAGAAAGUUACCCAGGGUCCAGUACAACCAGCUAAGCCAGCGGUUAAACCCGGUACACAGUUUACAACAGAGGAGAUUAGACAGAAAGCAAAACAAAUGGUGGAACAGGUUAAAGCCUCACAGACGACGUUAAUUAAACGACAAGCUAUGAAUCAGCAAGCUGCCAGCAGUACAAAAGGAGAUAAGCCUGGUAAGAAACCUAAGAAGAUGAUAAGAAUGGCUGGAGGGCAGAUGUGGGAAGAUCCGUCUCUUCUAAACUGGGAUCCGAAUGAUUACAGAUUGUUUUGUGGAGAUCUAGGGAAUGACGUCACAGAUGAGGUUUUGAUGAGAACUUUCAGCAAAUACACAUCUUUUCAACAAGCAAAAGUUGUGAGAGAUAAAAGAAGUAAUAAGACGAAAGGAUACGGUUUUGUGAGUUUUAAAGAUCCAGCUGAUUUCACCAGAGCUAUCAAGGAAAUGGAUGGAAAAUAUGUUGGUAGCCGACCUAUUAAACUUAGGAAAUCUAACUGGAAGGAUAGAAAUCUUGAACAGGUGAAAGGAAAACAGAAGACGAAACAAGUAUUGGGAUAUAAAGCAUAGAAAUCACGUCCAUUUGUCACGUUUUCGGUUCCCUGGCACUUGUUUAAUAUAUCUUCUUUUUUCUAUGAAAAAUCCGCAGACUUCAUUUUUUUUUGUCUCUGUCUAAUGCCAUUGUUGAAUUCUUUUUAAAUCUGUUUUCUCUCCAUGAGUUAAAUUUGUCAGUCUUUCAUGGUCCGUCUGUACAGUGUACAAUAUAUUUGUUGCCUUUAUUUGUAUUUUGUGUAUUUAAUAAAAAUCUGAAAGAAAA